AUGAGUUCUACAAAGUUCCGUUAUACUAGGCAAGGCAUUGAGUGUCCCCUAAUUGGUGCUCCUGCAAAUUUUAAAGGUAACUUACUUCCUUCGAAAGCUGAUGUUUUAAAGUGUUAUUUAUGGACCAGGUAUAAUUUAAAACCUCCAAACUCAGGGAAGGAACCAACGUUUUUUGAGAUAUCUCUUGUACUAUCUGACAAAAUUUUAAGGUUGUGGCAAAAAGCGUCAAUUUCUACCGUAACAAGAAAACAUGUUUCGCAAUUAAUAAAAACUCACCACGACAAGUAUUUAAAACUUUUGAGGUUUCCGAAAAGUAAGAAAAAUAAUAGUUACAAAAUAAGUGUCCAGAAAUUUCAAAUCGAGAACACUCGUCUGUUUGAUAUUAGCGCUUGCAAAUGCGACAUUUUUGAACAAUGUUCUUGCGAUAAGGAAAAAAAGAUACCUAAAAAUGAAUGGGAUUUUUUACUAUAUCAGAGGGGGCCUAGAAAAAUGAUUAUUGGAAACAUUGAUGUAAAGGAAACCUCAAAGCUGAUAAAUAAGGCCAGCAGAAUGGACAAAUUUAUGCAAAGGAAAGAACUAGAACAAUCCGUCCAACGUGCAAGCAACAUCAAUUUAUCAAGAAAGCAAAAGCCAGAAACUGAUAUCAAGAUAGAUCAUGAAUUGCCUUCCACUUCCUAUGACAGUAUCAAUACAGAUAUGCAGUGUACACAAAAUUACGUCAAACUUUCCACCUUGGCCAAAGUUUGUGACCGCUAUGGAUUAUCGGAUAGAUCUGCAGCAGCAGUGGCAACUGCUGUGCUACACGACCUUGGAAUUGUAUGCCAAUACAAAAAACGUAAUAGACAGAAGUAA